GAAUUGGUUUUGUUGCGUAUCUGGACAAUAUUAUCGCCGAUUUCCGUCCAAUUUCAAAGAGACAUCAUGGAAUUUUGGAUUAGCACCUUAGUGGCACUCUGUAUGAUGGGCCUGGGAGAAAAAAUUCACAGAAACGGGACAGUCUUUCGCGAUGUCUGCGCCGAAGAAGGUCGGUGUUCAGACAUCCAACCUCCAUGAUUUUUGCCGACUGUGCGACUCCAACCAGAAGAUCAAGGGAACGUUGCAGCAUUGCAGACUUAUUUUUCGAGCUAAGAUAGCGCAAUCGUGGGUAAAAAAGGAACCUGGUACACCGUCGCCACCACCGAUUCCGAUUGUGGAUGUGUUGCAGUAUAUAGGCUUAGACGUAUCGGAACAGGACGAAAGCAAAUCCCACCGAAUCUGCGAAGCCUGCUGCCGCAAAGUCGCAAGGGUUCGGGGGUCCAUAGGAGAUCUGAACGAGUGGAAAGCGAAUGAAGGCCGUAAGGAUGCGAGCCGCUCUCCAGUUGCAACGAGAAAACGGAGCCGCGAAACACCAUCUAAGACACCGCGUGACAACAAGAAACGGGCCACCAAGACACCGACAAAAGCAGCCACGCCAUCUGUAGCCGCGAAGCCUGAUAAAGGGAAGAAGAUGAGUCGCCUGCCCGACCGAAAAAGUGACACAAAGCUCAGCAUAUCCUACCAGAGCAAAGAACGAACCCACGCGUGCAAACAAGAUGUUGCUGGCAUAGCUGAAAACCUUGCCAAGGGAAAGUUUGAUACAUGUGCUAAGAUGAUCAUGAUACACCCCACACUGAGGCUGAAGAUUUGGGACCAGCUGGUACAACAGGUACAGGCAGAGAGAACCUCACUGCUAGCCACAUCUCCCAGUCACAGCAUCCUUCGAAAAACGACGCCGUCUGAUCUACAGAACUUUUCCUACUCAGCCAUGGAGACAGAGCUGAAGGAACGAACACCCCUUCUCCACAUGGUACUGUCAAAUAUCUCCAAUGAUUCGCAGGUACACACCUGUGUUGCAGCAUCAAUUGCCAUUCGUGGCAAGGAGGCUAGGAUGUCUGCCCUGGCCUACAUCACAGAUGCCAUUUUGCAGUAUGGCGGUACAAAGAAAUCAGCUAUGGAAAUGCUAGCCAAGAUGGGAAUUUCCACCAACCAUAACAACGCAGUCGCAAAACAACAUGAAAUGAGCCUGAACCAUGACAAAACUGUAAAGGAAUGGAAAAGAGACCUUGAAGCGUACUACAACAGAGAUACAAGCCAGCCAGCCUCCACCAACCCAUCACUGAGCCAGCCUGCCUCCACCAACCCAGCACUGAGCCAGCCUGCUUCCAACGACCCAUCACUGAGCCAGCCUGCAUCCACCAACCCAGCACUGAGCCAGCCUGCUUCCAACGACCCAUCACUGAACCAGCCUGCAUCCUACAACCCAUCACUGAGCCAGCCUGCCUCCACCCACCCAUCACUGAGCCAGCCUGCCUCCACCCACCCAUCACUGAGCCAGUCUGCCUCCACCCACCCAUCACUGAGCCAGCCUGCCUCCACCCACCCAUCACUGAGCCAGCCUGCCUCCACCCACCCAUCACUGAGCCAGCCUGCCUCCACCGACCCAGCACCGAGCCAGCCUGCCUCCUACAACCCAGCACUGAGCCAGCCUGCCUCCUACAACCCAGCACUGAGCCAGCCUGCCUCCUACAACCCAUCACUGAGCCAGCCUGCCUCCACUGACCCAUCACUGAGCGAGCCUGCCUCCUACAACCCAUCACUAAACCUGCUUGCCUCCAGCAACCCACCACUGAGCCUGCUUUACUCUUGCAACACACCACCGCACCUGUCAUUUGCCUUUGAGAUAACAGACGAGGAGAUGGCCAUGUGUGGACUGCAAAGUCUGAACAUAGAUGAUGCCCAGUCACCAACCGGCUUUUGUCCCCUCCCACCUUGCACGUACGGCAUCACAUUCGACAACGUGAACUUUUACGUAAAGGCCCACCACCAAACAAACAGUAAACACAACACAAUGCUCAACUGGACACACCAUGUAGCAGUUCUAGACAGAAUCACCCCUCACCACCUCCGCAACACAGGCUCAACUAAACCUCUCCCUGACCUAAACCUUGAUGAGGUGCUACCUACACACCUUGAUCAGCAACACACGAGAAGAGAGUUUGUCGUCAUGGCUACAAGAGUCAUCCCCAGACACCUUAAGGAGUUUGAGAUAUUCAAGGACAUCGUUGUGGCCCACAUACCCCACCAAUACUCAAAGGAAAUGGCAGAGAAGUCCACAGAGGUGCCAUUGGGGCUGCUGUUCAAGGAUGAAUGCAAGACUGGGGACCUUGUUGACAUCCUACUCCAUUUCCAGAAUGAGUACGUCCCACGUCAGGGAGAGAACAUGGUCCCCAUCUUCGUUGGCGGGGACAGGCUGUCCGAAGGCAAUUCCCGCAACAUACAGUGGGCGUUUGCGGAGGGAGACACACGGGAGGACCGCCUGCAGGGGAUCUUCCUGAAGUAUGAAGACUGGCACGCCAUCCGAAAUAAACACGGGAUACACAAGUCAAUCUUCUUCUCUGAGAAGUCUGCUCGAGAGCAUGGCAGCAUGUGCAGUAACAUGAAUGUCUUAAGAGCCAGCAAUGCCAAGAAGGGCCCGCACCAGGACUACAACUCGUACAAAGAGUUUGUCGACAAGGACCUGGAUGCCCUGAUCCUGACGGUUGCCAUGGACUACUUCGGCAUGGACACCAUGGAAGAUCUCCCAAAGAAGAACUGCUUUCCACCCGACAUUGCUGUGGCUGACAAGGAGACCAGGCGAGCCUGGCUAUCUGAGCAAGUGGGCCACAUCAUUGACAAGUACGUUAUGCUGAAGGAAGGGGAAAUUGUUUCCAAUGUAGCUAGCGGGGUAAAAAGUUCCUUUUUCCCCCCAGAGCCCCUUCCCUGCAGGUACCCAGAUUGUCAUCGCACUUUCCGACAUGAGAAAAUCAGAAAUGACCAUGAAAUUCAAGCACACGAUCUCAACAUGCAGCCUACACCUAACCCUAACUCAUCACCAGACAAGCCAAAGGAGUCGUGCCAGGAGGAAGACUACAAAAGAAACUAUACCCUGGCACGUCUCUCCUAUGGCCUGUUUCUCAGAAACAUGAGGGAUGCUGUGAAAGAAGGAGAUGGGGAACGCCUUCAGAGACUUUACUCAUUUGCAAUGCUAUACUACAGGGCAUAUGGACACACCCAAUAUGCUUACAGCAGUUUUCUCAUGAAGGUUCAAGUUGCCUCUAUUCUGUCACCACACAUGGCUCACAGUCUUGUCUGGAAUCGCUUCUUCAACAAAAGGGGGGGGAUGGGACAAAAUAUCUCACUAGAUCUAAACCUCGAGAAUCAUAACAACUUCGCGAAGAGUUUCCUCAAGAACAUGGGCCCAAAUCUCAAUGAAAAAAGUGCUUUACGAGUCACCCGUAGUUUGCAUUACCUCAAGGCAUUGAUGGACAAUCAGAAUGCAGCAUUGGGUCGAAGGGGUGCUUCAGGUUACCACCACAAAGAGAAAUGGGAUGAAGACAUUAAGUUACUCGUUGAGGAGAACAGGAAGGCUGACCUGUUGGCCAUCAUCCCAGGCCGGGCAUUUGAAUCUUUCCCUUCAUUCAACAGAAAUCUGUUGCAUAAGAUUGACUACAACAAGACAGCAAAGUGGAUGAAAGAGAAGCUUAAGUCAUGGAAUAAACACUACCACACUGACCUCUAAAUUCACACUCGAUGCUUUUGUUCUAUUUUUCUCAAAGUAAACCUCAUUCAAUUUUUUCGACCCUGUAUACAUUGGAGUCUGUCUAAUUUGGGAGUGCAAAUGUAUUUACAUAUCAUCAGUCACGAGAACUGUUCAUUCCAAUGAGGCAAUGUGAAGUACAACCGUUUGCAUAAUUUGAGCUCUGUAUAAAUGUAUUUGCGUAUAAUCGCAACGAAUCUCCAGUCCAACGAGACAACGAAAAUAUAUCAUUUUGCAUAAUUUGAGCUAUGCACAAAUUUAUUUGUAUAUCAACAUUGAUGACAAUCU